GGAGGCGGUGGUGGCGGCGGUGGUGGCGGAUUCGGCGGCGGAUCCUUGAUCCAGAAACACAUCUAUGUCCACGUACCACCGGCGGAGGCGCCCGAGGAUCGGCCCAGCAGACCCAUCGCUCCACUCCCGCCGUCCCAGAAGCACUACAAGAUCAUCUUCAUCAAGGCGCCGACUCCACCGACGCCGACCGCUCCGGUGAUCCCGGCGCUGCCACAGCAGGAUGAACAGAAGACGUUGAUCUACGUGUUGGUGAAGAAACCGGAAGAGGCGCCAGAGAUCAGCCUCCCGACCAUCGCUCCCACGCAGCCCAGCAAGCCGGAAGUCUACUUCAUCAAAUACAAGACUCAGAAGGAGGUCACGUCCGGCGGCGGCGGCGGAGGCGGCGGAG